GAUGUUUUUCCGGCCCCCCCCUGGGUCGUGAGCGUCGGAUUCAAGCGUGGAGACAAGGACGUCAUCGGUUGUGCCGCGGUUGUUAUCAGCCGUUAUCACGUCAUAACAGAUGCUAUCUGUGCCGCUACGACCAAGUAUGACCACGUGAUCUUGAAAAACACAGCCGUCAAAGUUGCCAAAGGUGGUUCCACCCUAGUCUGAAGAGUGAUGACGACGUCCAUAAUGGCCACAACAUGGGCAUCGUCAUGACAGAACCCGCCAUCAUCUUUAACGACGAGGUGCAGCCAGCCUGUUUGCCUGGGAUCUCCGACUUAGUGAACCCGGCUAGGCAGGGGUCCACCACUCUCGUCGGGUUCGAGGAUGCAAGCAGCGGAGGCGUGACAAAGUACUCGUGGGUGAACUCCAAGACGUUUGGCUCCCUCCUUUGCUUCGAGGCCCUCGGCGCUCUCGGAAGCAGCGGCACUCAGGGGAGGAAUUCGCUCUACGAUAUCCUUUCCAGACACCACCUGUGCGUGUUGAGGCCUUUCAAGGAGGCUGAAUUAUCCGUGGCCAUGGACCAGGACCCAAGGACGGGUCGCGUCGAGGUCACCGGUGUAGGACCCGUUACCGACCCGAGCAGCAAUACCCCGAUGGCUUUUACUCUCACUCAGACACACACGUUCUGGCUCGAGCUCAUGGUCAAGAAUUCAAUCAGGCUUUUGCUCUGAACACAAGAUGAAAUGGUGAAGAAGAAAGAGAGAGUGGCCAGUAGAGUUACGCACUGAAGACUAUUGAAAUAUUCCAGUUUAUUCUUAUUUAGGCCUUCAUGUAUAACCCCUGGAAUAUAGUUCUUGCAGCCUAAAA